UCCAGCGAGGGAGACAGUCGCGAGCGUAGUUCCGCGCAUUGUCGACCAAUUUUUUCGUCGAAUCGAGGGAUUUUCGCGAAUAACUGGGGCGUCGGGCGGGCGCGCGUGACCCCAGUGCCCGUAUCCGAGCGAGUAUCGUUCCACGGGAGACUCGAAGUCACCCGUGGACGCCGGGAGAGCCCAGCCGUGUGAAUCGGAAUAUAGAGUCGAGGCGCCGCGCGUAUACUCCCGUAAGAGACACAUUGUAAGAACGCCGUGUGAGAGAGUGAAUAUAGUUUGGUGAUCGCAGUGUAGCCGGUGAAAAUACACGAGUACCCAGGAGUACUGUGGCCCGAGGAAUAUAAGGGGAAUCGCCUCCGACAGGAGACGGUGUUCAACAAGUCGUGAUGCGUUGGAGGUUCGGCGGUCCUUGUCCAAAAACCGACCAGAAAUCAGUGUUAGAAAAGCAAUUUGUGUGACAAAGCAUAAAAGUGCAAAAUCAUACUUCAAGACAUACGAAGAGGCUUCCUUACCAGUGGACAAUAGGACUUCAUUGGAAGAAAACAAAUAUUUUUAGUGACACUGAGAGUACAAGUGAAAAAUAUAACAAUUGGGGGGGCUGUUUGACCGAUGGACAAACGGAAGAUGAUGCCCAAACGCCCUCGAAUGGAGAACCUGAGGGGUCCUAUUGCAAAUGGACCCAUUCAGACACGACCGUUAGUGGCUUUGUUAGAUGGCCGAGACUGUUCUAUCGAAAUGCCUAUCCUUAAAGAUGUUGCAACUGUGGCCUUCUGUGAUGCACAGUCUACAUCUGAAAUUCAUGAAAAGGUACUAAACGAAGCAGUAGGUGCGUUAAUGUGGCACACCAUAAUUUUGACAAAAGAAGAUCUUGAGAAAUUCAAAACUUUACGAAUCAUUGUAAGAAUUGGAUCUGGGGUAGAUAACAUAGAUGUCAAGGCAGCAGGAGAACUUGGCAUCGCUGUGUGCAAUGUGCCUGGUUAUGGCGUCGAAGAAGUAGCUGACACCACCCUUUGCCUCAUUUUAAAUUUAUAUCGGCGUACAUAUUGGUUGGCAAAUAUGGUACGCGAAGGGAAAAAAUUCACAGGCCCGGAACAGGUCAGGGAAGCAGCAACAGGGUGUGCAAGGAUACGGGGUGACACACUUGGAAUAGUUGGGUUGGGUAGGAUUGGUUCCGCGGUUGCACUGCGUGCCAAAGCGUUCGGCUUCACUGUCAUCUUUUAUGAUCCCUAUCUACCAGAUGGAAUUGAAAAAUCUCUUGGUCUUAACAGGGUCUACACGUUACAGGAUCUACUAUUCCAGUCAGAUUGUGUAUCCCUGCAUUGUACCUUGAACGAGCACAACCAUCAUCUAAUUAACGAAUUCACUAUCAAACAGAUGAGACCCGGCGCCUUUUUAGUCAAUACAGCAAGAGGUGGUCUGGUAGACGAUGACGCAUUAGCCGCAGCGCUGAAACAAGGCAGAAUUCGUGCAGCAGCACUUGAUGUACACGAAAAUGAGCCAUACAACGUCUUUCAGGGUCAGUCCUCGCAGUGUCCUUUGAAAGAUGCACCCAAUCUGUUGUGUACGCCACACGCAGCAUUCUACAGCGAUGCAAGUUGCACCGAGCUUCGUGAGAUGGCAGCCAGUGAGAUACGAAGAGCCAUUGUCGGUCGCAUACCUGAUUGCUUGCGAAACUGUGUGAACAAGGAAUACUUCCUUUCCUCGACCGGCAGCUACCCUGAGGGGAUCAACGGCGGAUACUAUUCCGGGGGGCUGCCCGUUCAACAGGCGCAUUCAACGACUCCUCACGAUUCUGCACCCCCACCUCCUGGUGGGCAUUCCGUCGUCGGCGGCGGUGGUGGUGGGGGUGGUGGCGGACCGAACUCCUCUGCAGGCGGUGCAGGCGCCGGGGGUCCGACAGGCCCUACGGGUCCAACGGUAGGCGGCGGUGGGGCUGGAGGCCCCGCUUCAGCUCCUCCUACUGCUGGAUUAACCGGUAUACCACACAGCAUAGUGAGCGAGCCUGACCCCCGGCCAAGCCCACCUGCACCGAGCCCUCGUUGACCUUGAACCCCCGACGUCCACUCCAGCACCACCCUCCGAUCUAAUUUCCCUUAGCCAUUCGCACACGACCUCCGACGACAAAUGGCCGAUUGACUAACGUGUGUCGUGCACGAUGUGCCCCCAAAAAAAUGAAAAAAGAAAAAUAAUAAUGUCCGCUGCUUCCGAGGAACUCGAGGGAAUCCAUCCUUGAGCAAGAGAGUGAAAGAGAGAACGGGGGGUAGGCGGGAAGAGAGAAAGUAAAAAAGGGAGUGAAAACAAAAAAAAACAAGUGAGAAUGAGAGGGAGAGAAAGAGCGAGGUUGCCUGCGUACGUCAGUGUUGCGUGCAUGCCCCGUGUGUAUGUUUCGAGCUUGAGUCUGCGUUUGGUGGGCUCCUGGAAUAGUGCAUUUGAUGUAACAUUGUGACCAAACCAAAUACAGUUGGGCAGUAAUGAUGACGAGAGGCGUGCUGCGAGUUGUCCUGGCUAGAGUUGGAAAUGACAAGCGGUGGGAAUGACAAACGUUAAGAAUUCUCUGUGUCGUAAUUUUGUAUAAAUCACUUCGUAUUUAACGCGCACGUGACGCUGGACAACGCAAACGGGGUGGGUGGGGGGGAAAAAAAAAACGAUAUUUCGUUCUUCUUAUUUCUCUUUCUUUCUUUUUUCUUUUCCCUAUCAAAGUUCGAAACACCUUUGAUCGAGAAGAUUGGUAUUAGUUCCUCGAGCCCAUGAUCAGUUCUUCCUACAAAUACCCGCAGCAUCGAGAAGUACAUUGGCUAGUCAUAGAGUACAAAUCAAACAUGGGUGACGUUGAAAACAUCUGGCACGUAGUUGAAAAGUAUGUUAAAGCGAGUUUAGCCUAAAUGUCUGUGCAAAUUUUAUCGAUGAUAUAUGGCUCUUCCAGUCGAUAGGUCGCGAGACGUAGGGAAUAAGUAUCACAGAAUUGUUUUCUUUUGUAUUCCCUACUCGUAUCGGUUCCAUUCGUAAUCGUUUUAAGUAUUUCAUACGCGAGCGAAAUAGGAAUCUUUCAUUUUUCUAUGCAGAUAUUAAUUCAUUUGGAACAUGAGAUCAAACAUGUUCUUAGCGAGUCAUGCAUUAUUUUGCCACACUGUAUUUGGGUUCGCGCAUGCUAUUUUAGUUCUUGUUUCCGAAAGAACCAUACUCCCGAGAGCAUAUACGAUUUUGGCAACACCAGUAACUUUGACAAACUUUGUUUCUUUCGUGGACGUUGUAACUCUCAAUGUUUGGUAUAUUAUAUUUAAACCGAAACGUAGUUGCUCAUAAACAUGUUUUUAUGUGUUGCUCGUGACCAUGAAAAUGCUGCGUACACGACAAAACCGUGAUAAAGAAAGAAAUUAAGAAAAUGUCACUAGUAAUGUCUCAUUUGUAGUAAAGUGGUCAGAGGUUAACAAACAUUGCGAAAAGAAAAUGGAAACGUGCGUAAUCGUUGGGGCAUUCGCUGUGCCCGUUGGUAGUACUGAGUAGAAGUUCGUCAAAAUUGAAUGCCUUCUUUAUUGUAUUUUUAAAUGUCGAUAUCAAUGCAGUAGACGCAUUUCAAUUGCCUUACAUAUUCGUGUAUAAUUAAAGUAAGGUUUGUUUGUCUUCAGAUACCAGUUGGUCAAUGAAAUGUACUAACAAACUUCGAAGGAGACAGUGUUCGUGAAAAGGAAGAAAAAAUUUUCGUUAAAUGUAAUUUUAGAACUUUUGAUUAUUAGAAAAAAAGGAAGAAAAAUAUGUUGUAAGUCUUCGUGUGUUUUACAGUGGAUUCCAGGUGUACGUGGACGACAGAUGUUUGAGUUACAGAAAUGUGAUCUGUUCCAUUAAACGCUAUAUUUUUAUGUAUACCAAGAGCAAUAGUAGACAAAAGAUAUAUAUUUCUGAAUGAGAAUGAUUUAUAUAAAGAAUUUGUGUACCAAGACUGUUUUUCCGCCUUUUUGCGAAUGCUAUCUGUCUUUGAAAGUUCAUUGGUGUUGAUUGAAUCUUUAUGCGCGAGUGUAUAGUAGAACCAUUUACUUUAAUAAACCGAAGAACAUUGUCAUCUUUGAUUUCGUGGCAUCUAUUUUUGUACUUCUUUCGAGUUACAUUCAUGAAUGCCUUAACGUUUUUGUAAAAGAAUGCAGCAUCUUCAUCCGAAAUUUGAAAUUCGUAAUAUAAUAGGUAAACGUAAUGUAAUAGGUAUCAUUUGUGUUUCCGAUGGGGACGAAAAACCAUUUAUUAUUUCGACGAAGGAAAUACAAUACCUAUCGGUUAGCGGUCUUUAAGCGUGUGAAAUUGUAAACGGAAGAAAGAGAGAGAAAGUAAGAGUACACGAGCGAAAGAUAGAACGAACAGAAACAAGUUUUAUUAAUUGAUAAUUAUAAUAUGAUUAAUUAUUGUAUUAAGUAAAGUAAUGCGAUGUUACGAACACUUGAAUAUAUUAUCGAAAGAUAAAUCAUUAAAAAAGAAAAGAAAAUGGAAAAUUUUUUGAGAAAAAUUAUUAAAAAGCGAUGAUAAUAAGUAAAUAAUAAAAAAUAAAUAAAAAAAAAAAAUAAAAAAAAAUGGAAAAAAAAAAGAGAGAGAAGAAGAGUAUGAAAGAUCUAUUUUAGAGACACACAUAUCUAUUCGGUUCUUUUUUAUAUGAUUUCGUUAGAACUACAGGUUAACCCCGGAAUAACGGCGUUGGUCAUUCAUUUCUUAUUAUGUAAUUCCAAAAUUUGAUGAGAUGCGGUCGCGAAGCGUUGAACUUGAACACACUGUGUAUCCCGUGUUUCCGCCGGGGCACAAAUUGCGAGAAGUGAUAUAUGUAUAGAUAAUUAAUUUUCUAUUCUCAGCGGUCGAUAUGCCAGAUAAAAAAAAAAAAAAGAAACAAAAAAAAAAUGGAAGAGUUUCGUUGUUAUUUAAAAUUGUUCGGAAGAAAAGAGAAAAAAAAAACAUAGACUGAAUCGUUUGGUAUUCAUCGAUGCCUCUGGGAUGCAACCUUACACGAGCUUUUUGCUUUGAAGCUUUCAAGCGAAUGAAAAACCAUUCCAACUGAUGUAGAGAUCAGAUUACCAAGCAACACUUGAUCGAUAAUACGAGGCGAUGUAGGAGCGAACGAGAGAGAGAGAAAAAGAAAGAAAGAAAGAGAGAAAGAGAGAGAGAGCGAGCGAGCGCGAGAGCAAGAGCGAGAGAGAGAGAGAGAGAGAGAAAGAAAGAGAGAGACGUAAACAAAAAAAAAACGUAAAGCAUUACAGACACAUACAGCGUGACAGAGAUGACAUUAUACAUUUUUAAAUAGAAUACGCUACGUACACAAAUACUAGAGGUACGUCUGUAGCGCGACGAGAUGGUCCAGGAAGCUGCAUGCUUAUUUAGAGGACUCUAUAGAGGUGAGGGCCAACUCGUCUUUGCACAGUCGUACCAGUACAUAACGUAGAAACAUUAUACAUACUUUUUUUUUUUUUCAAGAAUAUUAUUACUUAUAAAUACAUCAUUAUAUAUAAAGAGAGAACGAGAGCGAGCGAGAGAAUUUUGACGAGUGAAGAAGAGAUGCUACUCUAAUGAAGAAGACAGAGUUGUUCUUAUAUAGUUUUAAUUGUGAAAAAGAGGCAAAUUAAUGUGAGGGUUCAUGAACCAAUAUCUACCCACUUAAUUACCAACUAGCCAGCAACAUGAAGCCUCCUUUUCCUCACCCCCUCUUCCCACAAAGAAAUAACGUGGGUCCUGAUGCUGUGGGAUUACAAAAAAAAAAAAAAGAAACUCACAUAUUCAUUCAUCUGUUUUUUAAUCAGUUGUUCUCAUACGAAUAUUAUAUAUAUAUUAUAUAUUAUAUAUAUAUAGAAUAUAGCGUAUAUUCUAUAUAUAUUAUAUAUAUAUAGAAAGAGAGAGAGAGAGAGAAAGAGAGAGAGAAUCGUUUUUUUUUUUUU